AUGCUCGCGAGCAAGUGGACCACUUGGGCGGAGCGCUUCACGCACGCGGGUGACAAGGCGCGCGAAGAGGUGUCCGACGCUGUGUCGGGCGCUUCGGACGCUGCUUCUGAUGCUGUCACAAAGGUGGCGCCUGCGUCUGUUGAGUCGGGCAACGGCCAUCGCGACCACGACGCGCCGUCGGCCGGUGUAUACGGCGCGCCGUACGCCGAGCGCAAGCUCGUUGCGUCCGGCGACAAUGGUGGUCGUCUGCGGCCAGACCCUGAGGCGCCGCGCCUGCCACAGCUGACGUCGUCGCUAAAGAAGCUGGGCAGCUCGGAACCUGUGAUUGCGCAGCUGGCAGGCACGAUCGACGAGCUGGCUGCAUUCUUGAAGGAAUCGCCGCACGCGAGUACGCUCGCGCGUGGUGUGCUGGAGACGGCUGAGGCGGACUUCCAGAGUCUGUGCAAGCGCCUGGACCAGAUCAAGGCCAAGGAUGCCGAGAAGCUAGAUGCCCAGCUGGAGAACCAGGCGCGAGCCUUUGAAGCCGAGCUGAAGAAGGCAGCAGACAAGGCGUCGAGUGAGCUGGGCCAGCGGGACCAGGACUGGGCGAAGCGCGUGAGCGCCUUGCAGGAUGAGCAGGCGAGACAGUUCAAGACACACCUGGCGAAGGAGCUCGAGACACAGAGUGCUAUUAUCGACCAGCGUCUAAAGGAAGAAGUCAUUGCGCGCGGCAUUGAGCUGCAGCGCAAGUGGUCGAACGAAAUCAAGGCCAAGGUCGAGCAAGAGCGGGCUGGCCGCCUCGCUCGUCUUGAUGAGCUGGCGCAGGAGCUGCAAGGGAUUGAGGGCAUGCUCUUUGAGAAUGCGGACACGCUUGACGACAGCUUCAGCCUCAAUUCACUGCAUGCUGCACUGCGUGCGUUGCGCUCGACGAUCGAUGCGCACGCGGCGGAGGACUCGCCGUAUGUUCGCCGUACGUUUGUGAACGAAUUGGCAACGCUUUCUGCGACGCCCAAGGCCAAGAACAAUGACCUUAUUGCUGAGGCGCUCAAGGCCGUCGAUGCGACAGGCACCGCGUCGGAUGGCAUCGAGAGUGUGCCGACUCUGCACGAGUGGUUCACUGUGCGUGUUGCGCCGCGACUUACGCAGGUCGCGCUCCUGCCGGAGCAAGGAGCGGGUGUGCUGUCGUAUGUCGCGAGCAUGGUGAUGAGCCCUCUCUUGUUCACGCGCAAGGGGAAUGUGCCCGGCAACGAUGUGAGCAGUAUUAUUGCACGUGCUGAAUGGUUCUUGGAGCGACGCGAUCUCGAUGCAGCGACGCGGGAGCUCAACCAGCUGCGUGGCUGGGCCAAGAUCCUCGUAUCGGACUGGCUCCAAGCUGCUCGCAAGCGUCUGGAGGUUGACCAGGCACUUGAUCUUGUUCAGCAAGAGGCUUCGUUUGCGUCGCUGCUGCGUACAUAG